GAGUCUUAGAUUGAGUCAGUAGGUCUGUCAGUCAGGGGUUGACGUCUACGUGGUGAGGUUUGGAACCACUAAAUCGGUUGUACACUUAUCACCAUGGUUGAGACCCGUAGUGGGAAGGAGACUAGCCCCUACACCACUGAGCAGCAAGAAAAGAUGGCCGCAUUAGUCAGAGAGAAUAAGGAGAGGAAAGAGCGUGAAAAGCAAGCCAAGCUAAAGGCUAUCGCAGACGAGCAGGCGGCGAAGAUGAACAGAUUGGAGGAGGAGAUGAAGAGGGUACAACAGGAGGAGGAAGAAAGAAGGAAGGCUGCUGAAGCAGAAGCGGCCGUAGAAGAAGAGAAAGAGAGAAUGAGAAUUGAGAGUGGGGAAGGAAGUAGUGGUGGCACGAUGAAGUGGGAGAUAGAUACUGAGCUGGAGAAGAAGAUCAGCGAGUGGGUCGCUAAUUUAUCGUUGGGGGAAGACGAGGAGGCAGAGUCAUAUGUGACUAAGGAUGAGAAGGCUGCACUGGCCGCUGAGAUGGAGGAGCGCCAGGCAAACUGGAGCCAGGAUGUAGCGUUGAGUGCCAUGCGGUCCGGGUUCAGGGAUUUUGCGCGCGAAAUCGUCACCCACAUUGGGGGCGAAGUCAAACAGUUGAGGGACAAUGUAGGGAAGUUUUGUGAGGGCGCCAUUMAGGGUGUCAAAGCUGCAGCCGUUGUAGAAGGAGAGGCCAGACCCCGUAAGGACCCAGUGAAACUUAAGUUCUCAGACACGUACGGGGGAAAGAAGGACGAUAACUUUGACAACUGGGAGGCCAGUGUCAAUAGUUACAUUUAUUUACAGCAUAUCCUGAUGGAGGAGCAAGUCCUCGUGCCCUUCCAGGCCCUGAAGGAUGAAGCGGCUAGCUUCGCCAGGUCUCUCGCGCGUACAGCCGGUUGUGAAAACAACCUGGUUGCGUAUUCCAAAGUCACUCCUCUUUCCCAGUUCCUCAAGCUCCUCAAGGAGCGGUUCGCUGACCCAACGCGAGGCAUUAGAGCCUCUAAAAAGCUCCAAACGAUCCACUCKCGGCAGUGGAGGAGUGCUAAGGCACUCAAGGGUAAUAUUGACGACUUCGUAGCCGUCCCGGACCACGGGGUCACUGAGCCCCAGCAGGUCCAGUUGUUUUAUCGUGCCAUUCUAGAGGCCCUACGCGGGCAUUUCUUUGACAAAUCUCAGCAGACCGGCAUGACUUAUGAUGCAUUGAGUAGGGAAGUCGUCUUAUAUGAGUCGAAGUCUAUGCCAGUGACCACUUUCUGGCAUAAGGACUUAGAGAAGGGGAAGAAGUGGAAGAAUCGUACCAUCUCAGGCCAAGUAAAGGCCAAGGAUCACAUGAUCCUGACAUUAGAAGAAUGUGUAGUCUACUUAGAUGAUAUCUUAGUCUUUAGUAAGACCCUCCAGGAGCACCAGGGUCAUCUAAGGCAGGUCUUGGAGAAACUUAGAGAGGCUAACUUCAAGAUCAACGCAAAGAAGUGCGAGUGGGCCAAGACUCAAGUCUUAUACUUGGGCCACAUGUUGGACGGGGAUGGCAUUAAGCUAGAGGACAACAAGAUCGCGGCGAUCAGAGAUUGGCCGACGCCCCGCAUAUUGACAGAGUUGCGGUCGUUCCUAGGCUUAGUUAACUGUUAUAGGAAGUUCGUGAGGAAUUUCUCCACUAUCGCCGCUCCCUUGCGCCGAUUGCUGAAGAAAGAGGCAAUCUGGCAAUGGGACAAAGACUAUACGUCUGCGCUCAAGAAGCUAAAGCGCGCGUUAAUAGAGUAUCCUGUCCUCAAAGUUGCAGAUCCGUCUUUGCCAUUUGUCGUCACCACGGACGCGAGUCAGUAUGGGAUAGGUGUCGUGUUGCAGCAAGACGACGGCAAUGGCUAUAGACCCAUAGAGUUCAUGUCGGCGAGGAUGCCCUGUGAAAAGGUUGCUGCCUCCACGUACGAGAGAGAACUCUAUGCUCUCAGGCAAGUUUUAGAUCAUUGGAAGCACUACCUGCUUGGGAGGCACUUCAAAGUGUAUUCGGACCACGAAACGCUUAGAUGGUUAAAGACUCAGGCUAAGAUGACACCUAAGUUGACUAGGUGAGCCGCAGAGAUAGACCAAUUCGACUUUGAGCUCAAGCCAGUGAAGGGCAAGUACAACGUAGUUGCGGAUGCU